ACUGGGGACAAUAGGGAGCACCCAGGGAGUGAACAACUUUAAUUAGGACCCUAGCUUCUUGCCUGCUCGGUUACCUUUACUGCAGAGUCCUCAUUGUUGUAUCGUUGGCUUUACCUUGCUUGUGCUGCCUGGAGUGCAAAAAUGAGCUACAGUCAGCCUUUCCACAGAAAUCACUUCUACCCCCUGCCCCUGUUCUCCCCUGGGCCCUGCAAGAUGCCUGGCCAGCUCUCCUGCAGCGAACCCCCGUCUACCCCCUGGAGCCCUGGCCCCCUGCAGCCCUUCCGCUUCCGGGCGCGGAGAGAGGGCAUGGACUGGAGGCGCUUCAGCGCCCUGGAUGUGGAACGGGUGGCCAGGGAGAUGGACGUGGGCACCCUCCAGGAGUACAUCGGCACCGUCACCUUCUGCGACCUGGAGGCCGAGCGCUGCCCCCACUGCCGCAAUCCGGUGGACCCCGUCCUGCUGAAGGUGCUGCGCAUGUCCCAGCUGAGCACCGAGUACCUGCUGCACUGCCAGGACUUCCUGAGCGCCCAGGUGGCGGGGCUGGAGGACCGCCUGCAGGGGGAGCUGUCCGGGCGAGAGCGGGAAGGAAAAGAGCUGGCCCGCUUGGAGGCCGAGCUGCAGGCCGCGCGGCAGGAGGGCCGGCGGCGGAAGAAGAUGAUCGCCACCCAGCAGCUCCUCUUACAGGCCGGGGCCAACAACUACCACAAGUGCCAAUUCUGUGACAAGUCUUUCGUCAACUAUUCCUUUCUGCAAGGCCAUCUUCAGCGCAGGCAUCCAGAGAUCACAGAUGCCGGUUAUUUAACUAUCAUUUCAGUUUCAUCAGUUUCAGCUCCAGCUCCAGUAAUCCAGGAAGAAGAGUCUACAGAAGAGGAAGAUGAGGAAGAAGAAGAACCUGAGGAUAUGGGUAAUCUGAGACAGAAGCUGCUAGAGUCACUACGGAAGAACCCUGACUUAGUGCGGGAGUUCAGGCCCAUUCUGGAAGAGACCCUGGAGGAGAAGCUGGAGAGCAUGGGGCUCCGCAAGGGAACCAAAGGGAUUUCUAAACAGACCUUCAAGACCCUAAGCUCUACAGUGGCCAGCCAGAGGCAGCAAAAAGCUAAAAAGCUCCAGGAGAUGCCCAGUCUGAGAGAGAAGCUCACUCGUGAGGUCACUAAGAGAGUACGCCGCUUGCAGGAGAGCCAAGGCACCACUGUGCCAACACCUGCUGCCUCCUGGAAGGUUCAGGGAAGCCCUACCCAACAGAAGAGGUCAAAGGCCAGGAACCCACCUCGUCCAGUUCAACCACUAGCUCCUCAGCCAGCCCCGCGGACCAUUGUUACACCCAGGACCCCUCGAACCCGUGCUCAGAGGACCAGCACACCCCCUUUCAGCUCUGAGGAGGAGUCGGGCGGUGACAGUGCCUACAUCACCAGCCCAGGGAGCAAAGCCCUUCCUGCAGUCAGAGUUGUCCAGGCAGGCCCCAGGCAGAACCAGACAGUGGCCACUGAGGAGGACUGGUCUGACACAGAACUGUCAGAGGGCCCAGUCAGUCCUGGCAGCACCAGGCUUCCUGCGUCACAAGGGUCUGUGGUCCAAUCACUCACCAAGAGCCUGGAAAAACAGCUAAGUUCUCCAGCAAGGAGGCCUGUGGGUGGGAUUAAAGUGCUACCACCAUCAGCCAGUGCCUCCCCAAAAUCAAGCACAGUUAUGAAGAACCUUCAGCUGUCCGACGAGGAGAGUGACCUCGAACUGUCCUCCGUUGAAGAGAUCACCCCGCAGUCUUCUGCGCCCAGGGUGGCAGGGGUGCGGGGAAGCGCCGACUCUGUCGGCUCUCCCGGAACCAGUGUCUGGAGUUCCUCAGCAAGUCGGGGGGCAGUGUGGGCUCUCUGAUCACAUGUCCACGGAGCUGCUGUGCUUCACAAUCUCUCUCCCGGGAGCUGAUAAAAAAGGACGGAGACUAGUGAGCUACUUUACUGUUCCUUAAAAGUGUAGACUGCCCCCUAGUGCCGCCUAUGGAGCAUCGCAGACCGGCUGAAAGACGAGGACGCGGGGUCGUGAAGGGGCUGUAUCAGCUCCGCCAGCUUGCCUCCUCUUUUGCUGUGCCACUUGUGGGGGAAUGUGCCUUCUCACCUUCACAUCCUAGCCAGUGCCAUCCCUUAUGAUUGUGUUCGAAUCAGGAGACUGUUUGAUGCUCUGAAAUGGCAGGUGUCACCGUGAAGGAAAGCCACCGUUCUCCACCUAGAAAUCCCCUCAGGUAUCAACAUGGAGCACUUGGAGGAAUGCUCAGUGAAGCGUACAGACCCAGGGUGAAGACAGCCAAGCGCCUUCAAGGUCACUCUGACAGAGCCAGUGGCCAAGCAGCCUGGGAACAGAAAUCAGCAGAAGGGGCACUACACAGCGAUCAGGCCACAAAUAUAUGCCCUUCCUCCAGUUUACACAUGUCACUCGCAAAGUAUCACUGAAAUAAAUUGCUGAUUUUUUCAACAUCCUGUUUACUAAUGGAAUCUCACUCCCUCAUUCCCACAUGCUGUUUUCCAGUUUUUCUCUCAGUUUUCCAUUUUUACUACAUUAACACUUAAUGGUCCUGGUGAGA